AUGCCUAAUCAGCUCUCGCUACCGUCGAAGAAGACUUAUGUCCUUCCUAUACGAGACGCCGUGGACCGGCAUAUACGGAACAAGCAUCCAGAAACGCACCCCGAUGCGUUCAGGGCGGACGUUGAUCGCUGGGAAGCUCUACGCGCAGCUGCCGUAGAGUCUAGAGUGCACGUCGAUACGGCUUCGGCCAUCGUGCAAUAUCACGCUCAGUUGGUCUUCGCUCUCACUAAACUUCCGGCAAACCUUGGACUCGAUGUUGUUUACGAAUCCGCCUUUGCCGCUCGCCCGAACCCAAUCUCACUCCCAAAUCUGCACUAUGAGCGGUGUGCCACACUGUACAACUUAGCCGCUCGAUACUCCCAACUCGCCAUGGCAGAAGACCGAUCGAAGCCCGAAGGUGUCAAGCAGGCCAACGGUUACUAUCAGCACGCCGCGGGCGUACUGUCCUUCCUGGUCCGAGAUGCGCUUCCCAAACUCCAGACUACAAUAACGGCAGACGAUCUACCGGCGGAUCUCAGCGAGUCUUUCCUUAAGGCGCUGGAGUGGCUCAUGCUUGCUCAGGCGCAAGAGUGCGUCUGGCAACGUGCCGUGCUUGAUAGCAUGUCAAACGGUGUCAUAGCUCGUUUGGCAGCCCAGGUUUCCGCGUACUACGGCCUUUCCCUGAACACGCUCUCGGAAGCAUCCUCCGACAUUCGCCACGAGUUACCUUCAGGUUGGCUUUCGCACUUGGAAACGAAGCAAUUGCACUUUGAUGCUGCCUCACAGUACCGUCAAAGCAUCACCGACCUUGAGCGUAACAAUUACGGUAGCGAGGUAGCGCGUUUGACGGCAGCGCGUGUCUCGGCGAAGAAGGGCUAUGAUGUAGCGCGACGAGCAGGAAGCGGUCUCGCACAAGCCGUGUUCGAGGACAUCAAAUCUCUAUUGGACAUAGUGGAGAAGAACCUCAAACGCGCGGAACGCGACAACGACCUGAUCUACCAUGAAGACGUUCCACCGGCGUCUGCACUCGCCAACAUCCCGCCAACAAGUAUGGUGCGCUUUACGGUUCCCACGGGUCUAGAAGACCCGAAGGCUGCGCUCGGGAAACAACAGGGGCUGUUUGCUGAGCUCCUUAGCUGGGGUGCGCGGGUAGCCAUUGAGCUGUAUGAGGAUCGCAGGGCGACGUUUAUCAAAGAUGAUGUCGCCGGGGCCGCACAAUCAUUAGACGACGCUCAGAACAGGGUUCUCCGAGACUUGAAUCUGCCAUCUGCCGUUGACGCCCUAGAUGCACACAUCGGACUCCCUCCAAGCUUACUUCGCAAGGCGGAGGAAGUGCGCGUGGACCAAGGUCCCGAACGCAUAGAGCAAGCUUUUGAUGACGUGCAAAUGCUGGCUGGCCGUGCGCAACGUAUCCUAGACGACGCCAUGGACAUCCUCGACGCCGAAGCAUCGGAGGACGAGAAAGUCCGCUUGGAGCAUCCGGAGCGACCACCAUCACACGAGGCUAAUGAGGAACUCACGCGCAAGGCUGAACGGUAUCGCGCGAUCCUGCAGCAGGCGGCUGAGAGUGAUGCCGUAGUGCGCGAGCGCUGGGAUGAAUGGCAAGAUAGCAUCGAGCGCCUCGCCUGGGACGAGGACAAGCUCGAAGCCUCAGUACCAGCGACAACUGGUCCGUCAGCUGCGGGCCCCGCUCAGGCUCACGCACGCGGAGUCCGUGCGCUUCUAGAGGAUCUAGACGACCUUUCGCGUUCACGUCAGCAACUCGUGGGUCGCGCGAGGCGACGUGCAGAGGUCGACGAUAUCCAGCCACGUAUCGUGAAGGAGGCUGCUGGUAUAGAGCAAUGGAUGGAGGUUCAGCCCAGCAUGUUUGAAGAUACGAUUGAAGAGGAACUUGUCAAGUACGAGAAGUUCCGCGCGGAUAUAGUCGAAGGCGGGAAGAAACAGGACGAGAUCCUGGAGCAGCUCCGCGGGCGCAUGAAAGCCUUUCUCGCUUCGCGCUCGCAUGAGCCUGCGGUCAAGGAGCGGGAAGCGGCGCUGCAGGAGCUAGAUCUUGCCUACCAUAAGUAUCAAGAUAUCACUCGUCACCUCGAUGAGGGACAUCAAUUCUACAAUGAUCUAUCGGCCAUUCUCUUGCGGUUCCAGCAGACUUGCAAAGAAUGGACUGCAUCAAGGCGCGAUGAGCUGCGUGGCAUCACACAGGGGAUGCGUAACAUGUCAGUCAACGCACAGGCAGCCUCUCAACCGGCUGCGGCCGUUAGCCCCGCUACACCGUCGCGUGCACCGCGCCGUGUGCCGAAGACACCAGCGCCUCCUCGCGUUACCCCUGAUACACCUGCUCCCUCUAGCGCCGUCCCUGACAGCCCGGCGCCUGCAGAGAUAGCCUCGCCCACCUUUCCGACUGCACCGACAGCGGCGCCGCAGACGCCCAAGAAGAAGUUCGCUUUGAACCUGCCACCUCCUGACUCGGACGCAUGGACUACUAUGGACAUUCCGGCACCACCUCCAUCUGCCAACGCGAAGGGGAAGGGAAAGAAGCGAGAGUUUGCUUGA